UUUAGAAUCGUUACUAUGGCGGCUUCUUUACUGCAUGAUGAUAAGCGCUUAAAACUCAUAGGUAAGGCUAAAGAAUCCGUCGCUGAAGGAGAUCACAUCAAAGCCUUGGAGAUAAUUGAAGAUAUGAUUUCAGUUCAUAGGGAAGAAGAGGGCUCAUGGCUUCUUCAUGUUGAACAAGGUCAAGUAUUCGUGAGUCUAGCGAAAACAACAGAGGACCCUGUCUUGAAAGUUGCAUACCUUUUGGCUGUUGUAGCAUGCCUUUCGGAAGAUGUGAAACUUUCAGGAGGUUGUGCACAUGGAUUAUACGAUUUGGCCGAACACCUUGGGUCAGUGUUGUUUUACAAGAAAUUCGUGGACAAAGCAAAACAGGCUUUAUCUUGGGAAAGCAAGAAUCCUUUAUCUUCAAUGGACUUGCGAAAGCUACAAGACGAAAAGAAUAAAGGAUUGGAGCUUUUAAUAAAAAAAGCAGAGUUCAAGAUAUCUGUUCACAAGACUUCUCCUUUAAAAAGCUGUAAGCCAAAGGCUUGGGAGUCAAAGAAUAGUCCAGACCCGCCUAAGGAUGAGUUCAACGGAUUGAGGUCGUAUUGGGUGGGUUUGGAUGUUAAGAUCAAAAGGGAUUUCAUGCAAGUAAGCAUUGCAAAGCUUAGAAGUUUUGUCGAGGGAGUACAUAAAAGAGAGGGACGAGAUGCUUUGGACCAAAUUCUCGCUUCUGCCGAGAAAGACCGAAAAUGGACAUUCUGGAUGUGUCGAACUAAAUGUUCGAAGAAGUUUUCUAGUGCUGAAGAGUGUAAGACUCAUCUUGAACAACAACAUGCUGCAGAUUUUAAACCUUCUUCAGAAAAGUGUAUGGUCAAGAGGAUAGGAAAAGACUGGGCUCGUAAGAUAUCGGCUGAAGUUUGGGAACCAGUGGAUAUAUUGGCCGCCGUUAAUAUGAUCAAAAAUCAGCUCGCAGAUGUGAAAGCGUUUACAUCGAAAUCUAAGAAGAAUGGAUGGUCCAAAGAAUGGCCUUUAGCUGCCGAUGAAGAGCGCAGUAAUUUACUCGAGGAAAUCCGAUUGCUCCUUGUUAAGUUUUGUGACCAUCAAAUUCUCUCCUGCAUCAUUCGAGACUGGGUGAUGCGAAUUCCGCUUGAGCAUCUUGUGAAACUUGAAGUUUCCAGACAGAGUCUUAACGAUUCUCACCUAGCGGAAACACCUCAGAGCAUCUGUUUUUUGGAAUGUCAUGAACUCAAUCAAAUCCUAAACUUACUAAAGACCAUUAGGUGUGAAAGGAAUGAUGGUACAGAGCUGGUUUGCAAAGCAGUAGACAGUCAGUUGGAUCGUACACGAGUUAAAGAAACGAUCGACUUUGACGAGAAGUUCUCAUUUGCGCUUCUUGAUAAAAGACUGUUGAAAAGCAAUAAGGCUUUAUUAGAUAAUGAAGGGACAAUUAAUGUUUUGGAUCCCAAUGUUCACUACGCCAAGGUACAUGCUCAGGGAGAUAAUAUCAUAUCCUGGUUAGUUGACUACUCUUCAGUAGAUAAAAGCUUUCCCAAACCUAUCAGGAAACACAAUCUCGAUAUCUGGGUGGCUGUUUUGAAAGCUGUUCAGUUCACAUGUAGAACAUUGGAAACCAAAUAUGCGAAGAAAAAGCAGGUCUUAUAUUAUGAAGCAGCUCUUACUGUCGUGGGGAUCUUGUGUAUGAGAGAGGAUGAAAGAAGAAUGAAUCUUCCAGAAGAUCAAUGGAACAGCUAUGCAUCUCUUCUAUGCGAUAAAUGUGAAGAGAGAGCCCCCGGAAAUUCCCUCACUACAAUAGUAUUCUUGUGUGCAGUACGAGAUGUUUUCGAGCAAGCAUCUGGUCCGACAGUUGAUUACCCCGACUUAGAAGAUUGCCUGGAUCUUAUACGUAAGCGUAAAAGUCUCAGCGACAGUAUAGUGCGGAAAUCCAUAGAUCAUCUGAAAGCAGUGGUCACCUACAAGGUUUUGCGAAUCGAUUCAAAUAUAUUGCUGAUUGAUAAUUCAAGGAUUAGAUUGCUAAACAGCCUCACGGGACUUUCUUUUUUUGACAACCGCUCUUACAUGCUUCAACUGCUGAAACCAUUCUUGCUGAAUGAAAUUGUAAAUAUGGAAUCCAAAUCUAAGUCAGAUGCAACAGAAGCAGAUCUUUUACGCGACGAGGAGAAGAAGUCACAGACAAAGAAGAAGAAGCAGAAAACUAAAAGCAUCGAGAAAACUUCAACGAGCAUGUCUAGUCCCCUUGAUAAGACUGUUGAACAUGAACCUUCUGUCAACCUUAAACUGGAGGAAGAUUCUAUAGAACCAGAAGAUGGUCGAUUGGAAAUUUCAUCCAACACUGACAUUCAAGUGGACGCUUCUAAAGUUGACGGUGAUAUGCAAAACAUGCCUGGAGAAGAUUCACUGUCGGUAAAUUUGGACUCAAUGCUUGGAGGAGCUGCAGCCAGAUACAAUCCAGCUCUUGACAUAACUCUAAAGGCCCUCUUGAACAUUAACGUUCUUAAUGAAGAUCUAAAACAGAAUGAACAACCAUUUCAUGAAGAACUAGAAGAACAAGUUCCAUGUGCGCUACAAAAUUUUUUUACUGCUGUUGUCUCAGGGGAAAUAAAAACUGAGGGAGUCUACAGCGUCAUCUUGAGCGACUUACUUGCUUCUCUAGAAGAAGUUCUUUCCAUGUCGAGUGAUGCUGCUGAGGUACUUGUAUACAUCUUUGAGUUUUGGCAUUGCUGGAGAAAUUCAGAAAAAGAAAGCUUGGUGGCUCGCCUUUUUACGUUGGAGGAAAAUGAAAGAAUGAGUUGUAGAAAAUGCAGAAGAAAGUCAAAUUAUCCAGAGCAGAGUUCUUAUGGCAUUGUUAUGGCUGCAGAUUCAAUCAGAGACCUGAAGUGUGCUUUUGGGAAUAUAAAGUUUGUGGAUAUCCUUAAGGUGAUCCGCAUGGAAUAUAAAAUGUUAUGUGACAUUAAAACAGGAGGCUGUGGAAAGACAAACUUUGUUCAUCGCAUUAUAAGUAGAUGCCCACCUAUCUUCACAAUCGUGGUACAAUGGGAGAAAAGUGAUACUGAAAAAGAAAUAUCUGAAACGACAAAGGCUAUGGAUUGGGAGAUAGAUAUCAGCAGGCUUUACGAAGGCUUAGAACCAAACACCAAUUAUCGGCUUGUGUCAAUGGUUGGUUGUGAUGAAGCAGACGAACACAUUUGCAUAGCUCAUGAAAAGAACCGGUGGGUCAGUCUCAGACAUAGUGAGUCUUUAGCAAGAGAGGUUGUUGGUAACUGGAAGAGUGUGGUUAGAUUUUGUGGAGAAAGGAAGGUUCGACCAGAGAUUCUGUUCUAUGAAGCUGCCAGAUCCAUGACCUAGCAAGUGUAUCAAUAUGGAGAAAAGCAGC